AUGCCGAAAGCCUCCGGGACGCCCACGAUGCGGCGCCGAGGGCGCGAGCCGGAGUCAGACAUGCGGGGCAACACCACGGAGGAGGACACAGACUUGGCAGAUGACCCGCGCAGUGACAUGGAGACCAGCGAAGCAGCCAAAGCUGCGCAGGCGAACGAAGGCGGUGAGAAGCUGCUGUCCAAAGUGAAGAUGAAGAAGAUGACCGUCCGAGCUGUGAUGGGAAUUAGUAUGAUGGUGACCUUUGGUGGUAUCAUUUAUCUUGGUCAUUUGUAUCUUUGCGUGCUGGUCUUUGCGCUCCAGUGCUUCAUCUUCUUCGAGCUGGUGGGUGUGCGCAAGCGACAGGCGGCCGAGCGGCGGCUGCCCCUCUUCCGCUCCAUUCAGUGGGCAUGGUUUUUUGUUGCAUCCUUCUUCACUUGGUCAGGAAGCAUUUGUGAUUUCGUGGCCAGUGACCCAAGAUUCUUCAGUUCCCACUCCAUUGCGAGAAUGGUGUUGGAGAAGAACAUGAUGGUGUCCUUCUCACUCUACACUCUUUUGCUGAUGGUCUCCGUGCUGAGCCUCCGGAAAGGUUUGUACAAAUAUCAGAUCACACAGUACACCUGGACCGUGGUGACUAUUUGUAUUGUGGUCUUUCAGACGCAGGCAGUCUUUCACCUGAUCUAUGCAGGCCUUUUCUGGUUUGUUUUGCCUUCCUCCUUGGUGAUUUGCAAUGACAUCAUGGCAUACUAUUGUGGGCAGAUCUUCGGGAAAAAAACUGAUCCGGAGGAGAUUCUUGGAAUUGUCACCAAACAAGACAUGGGAGGGCUUUCUAGGGAGUGCCUUCUUUACAAUGCUCUUUGCCUUUUGGUUCUCCAGACAUCUUUGCGGCUACAAGUGGAUGACAUGUGUCCCUCAGCGCUUUACCUUCUCCAUCAGCCCCUUGAAUUGCGAGCCUGA